CGCUAAUUUCGUAUUUUCAUAAUAUCAGGGGCCUAAACGUAAUUAUGGACACGGUCUCUAAUCCAAUGGAUCGAGCAUGUAUAAGAUGCAUUGGAAGACAGAGCAGCGUUAGCGUAAUUUUGCUGCUAUCAAAUUCAAAUUCAAACAGAGAAGAAGAGGAGAAGAGAAGACAAAGGGACAGAGCAUCCACCACAAGAACAACAUCAUCAUCAUCGAUCAUGCAGAUCUUUGUGAAAACCCUAACCGGGAAAACCAUCACCCUCGAAGUUGAGAGCAGCGACACCAUAGACAAUGUCAAGGCCAAGAUUCAGGACAAAGAAGGUAUUCCACCUGACCAGCAGAGACUGAUAUUUGCUGGCAAGCAGUUGGAAGAUGGCCGUACUUUGGCUGAUUACAAUAUUCAGAAAGAAUCAACACUUCAUUUGGUUUUGAGACUAAGAGGAGGAACAAUGAUCAAGGUCAAGACUCUUACUGGAAAGGAAAUUGAAAUUGACAUUGAACCAACAGAUACAAUUGAUCGGAUCAAGGAACGGGUGGAGGAGAAAGAAGGAAUUCCCCCUGUGCAGCAAAGGUUUGGAAUUGCUGUAAUCUGAAUAGAGUGGAUGUUCUAGUGUUUUCUAUCUCAGUCUUCUAAUUUCUUACAGAAAUUUU